UUGAAUAGAAAACACUGUGUGACAGCCACACAAAAGGGUUUGGGAGCGUUAGGAUUCUGUGACACUGUUCACACAGCAAAGUGUGUGAUGGACAAAUGAACUGUUAAGGCUUCCUUGGUGCGACCGCUUAGCUAUUUGCCGUGCAGUGGUCUUUGAGUAGCCUGUCCGCGGGAGUAAAGCUGAAUGUUGCUGCUGAGAAAAAAAUAAAGUCAGCUCCACUCCAGACCACUGCCCCUCUCACCUCAGGUAACGCUAACAGCAAAACCUCCACCCAGACUCCACCCUGUCUGGAAUGCAGAAAAGCAAGAUUGUUUUGUAUUUCUUGGCUUUUGGUCACAAGCAGCCAGCGUCCGUUCACACAAUCACAGUGAGUUUCCAUUGGAUUCACCAGCGGAUGCUCUGGCUUGUUCACCUACGCCUUUAAAUUUGUAGCAGUCCGUACCUGAUGAAGUUAAAGUGUCAGACUGCCACAGACUAAUGUGGUGAGUUAUAUAAACUGCUUAUCUGCUAAAAGAUCCAAGUUGACAGGCUCCCAAAUUCAGCGUUUGACCCUUUUAUCCAAAGUGACUGACAUUUGAGGAACAACAUACAAGCAUCAGUAAAGUGUGUGCAUAUUACAGAUGCAGAAUGCGGUGGUGUCCCAGCUCAGUGCUCCACCUACUGCGCUGUGUGCGGUUACAGUCAUGUUCCAGGAGAGGAAAGAACAAGCUGCCUUUGUGGAUUAGAGAAAUAUGGGCUUACUUGAGUCUGGUGCUGCAGUCACUGUACUUUAACUCCCUCACAGACUCGGAUGUGGUUUUCGACUCAGUUUUUGAACCAGUGUUUUGGACUGUGGAUUAUGUCACCCGUUGGUUUGGCACGGUGUUUGUUUGUCUGGUGGUGAUACUGACCAGUUCCAUCCUGGCGAUCGCCUACUUGAUCCUACUGCCUCUGAUCCUCACCACAUACUCCCCUGCAUGGAUUGCCUGGCAUGUUUGUUAUGGACAUUGGAACCUCGUCAUGAUUGUUUUCAAUUACUACAAGGCCACGAAGACUUCCCCUGGGUACCCUCCUACAGAAAAAAAUGACAGUCCAUUUGUGGCAGUCUGCAAAAAGUGCAUCAUGCCCAAACCAGCAAGAACACACCACUGUGGUAUCUGUAACAGGUGCAUUCUGAAAAUGGACCAUCAUUGUCCCUGGUUGAAUAACUGCGUGGGCCACUUUAACCACCGUUACUUCUUCUCCUUCUGCCUCUUCAUGACCUUGGGCUGUGCCUACUGCAGCAUCAGUGGCAGAAACCUGUUCCUAGAUGCAUACAGUGCUAUUGAGCGCUUUAAGCAUUUGGACAUGGACAAGCCAGGGGUACCAGUAACAGGGAUGGGACUUCUUAUAGGGCUUCUCCCUCCUGGCCAGACCAACUAUCAGACACCUGCACCUCCAUACACCUUUAAGGAUAAGAUGAUUCAUAAGAGCAUCAUCUACAUGUGGGUGCUUACCAGCACAGCGGGCGUGGCUCUGGGAGCUCUCACUCUUUGGCAUGCAGUUCUCAUAUCCAGAGGGGAGACCAGCAUAGAGAGACACAUUAACAGCAAAGAAACAAAGCGAAUGGCAAAACGAGGAAGGGUAUACAGGAACCCUUUCAAUUAUGGCAGGCUGAAUAACUGGAAAGUCUUCUUUGGCGUGGAGAAGAGAAGUCACUGGGUGACACGUGUUCUCCUUCCCUCUGGGCACGCCCCACCUGGUGAUGGUUUGACGUGGGACGUAUUCCCAGUUAAAAAGGACUUAAUACCUGUAUGAUGGGUACUACUACUUUGGCAUACUUGUAGCCUAAUUUCAGCAGACUUUGCUGGGUCCAACCUGCUCUGGUCACUGAUCCGUUUGGCUUAAAGGAUCCUUGCAUGGUGGCAUAAUACAGCUGAAGAAAUGGAGUCAUAUCAACCUUCAAUACCUCAUAUGCUGUGGCAUUGCUCACAGUUCGACGGUCUACAUUUUUCACCAGUGAUAAGGCACUGUGUCAUGGAUGGUUUGUUCUCCACCUGGUUUUACAGACUGGUCUUACUUGACUCUCAAUUGAACUAGUGAUGGGUUUGAUAAUUUUAUAAGCCAUGUCUACUGACUGACAUAUUUUUUGGACUGAAUUACCUUUAAAAUAAAACCCAAGCUGAUAUUUACGAAGAAAAACUAAAACAUAGAACCCCCCGCAAAGGUUUAGGACAUAAUGGUUCCUCCCAUCACAUGCUCACCCCUGUCCAAUAUUAUCAUUUGAAAUGAACUUUCAAGGCAAGCUGUAGUACCAUGAUAAUGUGUUAUUUAUCUGUAUUUUGUACCUGUUAAGUUAAUCAAUCUUUAUAAAUUGCUUUACUUAAACAGUUGGA